CUGCAGGGGGAGGGGCUGCUAUUUCACAGGGACGCCGAGUGUUAGAGCGCUAGUCAGGUUUGGAGAGAGAUACAGCGCACUGAGGGGGAUCGCUACACUGUGAUAGGUACAAUAUGUCUGACAGAAAGGCUGUGAUCAAGAAUGCUGACAUGUCCGAGGACAUGCAGCAGGAUGCUGUGGACUGUGCCACACAAGCUAUGGAGAAAUACAACAUCGAGAAAGACAUUGCUGCCUAUAUCAAAAAGGAAUUUGACAAGAAAUACAACCCAACUUGGCACUGCAUAGUUGGCAGAAACUUUGGCAGCUAUGUAACACAUGAGACAAAACACUUCAUCUAUUUCUACUUGGGCCAGGUUGCAAUUCUCCUCUUCAAGUCUGGCUAGAAAAAGGCACAAUGAAAUUUAUGGACUGUAAUGCACUGAUGGCUGGAGCCAGGAUCCCCUCUAACAUGGCUGAGCAGCUGCAUGGACUGUAUACUAUAUUUAAUGUGUAUAUGUUGCAGUAAAAUGACUUUUGUUUAGUUGCCUGGAGACAAGGCGGCUUUAUUUUGUUACUGCUUUUCUUUUUUUCCUUUCCCCUUCUUGUUGUAAUGCACUUGGGGAAACUGUAAAUGCUUUUCAAUGGCCUUUAAAUGGGAAGAAAAUAAACUAUAAUACACCAAA